AUGAGCUAUUCAUACCUCCCUCUCCUCCUUACAGAUGCCGCCAUCGUUGAAGCCGUUUCCGCAGGCGCACAUCCAUUAAUUUUCACCAACCUCAUCCCCUCCGCCAUUCCUUCCGAUCACGCGCUGCCGUCUUCACCCAGGGUCGAAGAUGAGAAAGGCACGGGUGACAGCUGCGUCGAGAAAGAGAUUAAGCAGAAAACUGCGCGGGAUGGAGGUUUCCUUCGGAGGUUCAUGACCUGGUGGAAGGGACAGCAGGAUGAGGACACCGACAAUCGGGGGAAUAUCGCGGUGUAUUCCUUCCUGGAUGGACCUAUUGCAUCACCGUCUGCAUUAUUUUUGGCUUCGACGCGUUCGCUGGACGCGUACGAAUGGGCUUUAGAUAUUGGCGGACGGAGGCGGAGUCUCCAUUCGGAUUUGUCUACUUGA